AUGGGGAGAAGAAAGAUAGAGAUCGAGCCGCUCACAGACGAUAGAAAUCGUACCGUAACGUUUGUCAAGCGAAAGGCCGGCUUGUUCAAGAAAGCUUACGAAUUGGCGGUGCUUUGCCAAGUGGAUCUUGCUGUUAUUAUCGUGGGAAAUAAUGACAAGGUCUAUGAGUUUUCAUCGGUGGACACUAACGAGUUGUUGAAAACAUACCUGCGGGCUAAGGUUCACGAGCUGAAGCUGCCCGAACACUACGGAAAGUACAAGAAGAAACUGCAUUUGCUGGCCGGCAUGGGUGCAGUAAUUCAGGAUGAUCUCCAUGACGUUCCAGUUGACGAUGCCAAUGUAGAUAGCGACUACGAUUCCGACACACCAGAGCCCAAGCGGAAGAAGACCGAAGCUUCUGAGCUGUCUAUUUAUUCCAAGAACCCCGUGUCCUCCAGAUUUGCUCCUUUACCUCUGCAUCCACAUGGAGGGCAAGAUGACCUUCAAACUCAGCGACCUGUGCUUCGAGUGCAAAUUCCGUCAGACGUGAAGACUGAGGAUGAUUCAGCAAAGACCAUUACUGCUCUAGACACCAUGAACACUGGCAAGCAUAAGCUGGGUGCACCGCAAGACGGAGACCAUCAGGCUCCUCAGCUCAACACGGGAAACGCAGCACGUUAUUCUUUUGGUAAAUUCAAAAGUCCUGAAACGAAGAAAGUAACCCAGCUUCCUCUUCCUAUCAGUCAGCUGCAGACACUGAGCCCAAUUCUGACGACUGCUCCGCAACUUCCCAGCGGAAUGCCAUUUUUCCUGCUGUUGCCUAAUCCGCUGCCGCAAGGCCAGUAUCCACCGGCCAUAUUACCGACGCCAGUUUUCAAUCAGGUAUUUAACCAAUGGCAGGGAUCCGGUGGAGGAGUUAACCUAGGAUCAGCAGCCAAUUCUGCAGCACAUCCAGGAGCUCCAACAACAGUGGCCGGCGGAAGUGGCGAAGGCGGUGUGAUUGUACCUUCAGCCAAUGCUGGGACUUCGGGACCUUCGAGUGCUGGAGUUUCUGGGCCACCAGGAGCACCAGGGGCUUCUGGAGCGGCCGCUACAGGAGUUCCUGGAGCUUCUGGAGGUGGAGGUGAUGAAGAGGCGCCCAAAUUCCGACCACCACUCCAGCAAUUCAAUGGCGAUCUGACACCAAUGUCUGCGCUCCCGUCACGAUACAUGAACGAUAUAUUUGCGUCGCCUUCCAAUUUGUAUCCGGCGCAAGAGUGGCCCACGGGAAUGACGCCGUUUGCGUCUUCCAUGCCACAUUAUUUCGUGGGGAUGGUACCCAGUGGUAGUGGGGCCACGCCGCUACCAGUGAAUAUGUAUGCAAAUGCUCGACUGUCUCUACUGGGGCAGCCACAGCGAUUGCAAUUCCAGCCACCAGGUCUGGGAGGAACACAACCGCAGGGCCAGGGGCCAGAGUAUGGUCAGUAUUUUAAGCGGUGA